AAUGUACAGUUUGUUAAUUUUGUCCAAAGCAUACUGUCAAAGUAAAUUCAUCAUUCAGCUGAACUGAGCACAUUUAUUUUAGACACUUCAUGUCUUUUUCAAUUCAUGCGAUGAAUGCAUGUGCCUGCUGAGCAGUGAGCUAUGACUAAUUUCACGGGCAAAGCAGACAAAAUUACUAUUUAAAAAUCAAUCAUAGCUAUAGAAAUUUAUCGUAAUUUUUUACAAAUAAAGCUUCAUAUUAUGAGAAGGAUACUUUCUAUGACCUUUAUAUCCUGCAGUCAUGGCGAGAUUAGGUUCCUUCGAUCUAAAAAAACAAGAAUCGAAAAAGAAUUGAAAACAACAGAGGAAUUGAUUCUCGGAAUCGAAUCCCAUCGAUUCCAGAACCAGGAAUCGGAAUCGGACUCGAUUCCAAAAAUUUCGGAAUCUUACAGCCCUAGAAAAUAGAGAAGGAUAGGGGGAGGCUGAGGGAUGCCGAGAGAUUAGUCACCAGGAUGGAGCAAUGGCUGCUGCUUAUACGCCCGUAGCGAUGAUUGACAGUACUGAAUGAUUAGGCUCCUCCCGAAUCUAUGUUUGGAACUUGAUUUCGUGUGGUUUGGUACUAAAUGCAUGUAUUCUUGAGUGGCUUGCUGUUGAGUGUACAUUGGUUGUACACACAUUAUUGAGGUGCAUUGUAGGAUUAAACGAGUUCACUAUCGAAAAUGUUGACUACAGUAUCGGACGCCACUGCAAAUAGCUAUCCCAUCCAAAUGUGUACUAUAUAAGGGUAUAGGGUGUGAUUAAUUCAAGAACGGAAAAAGUAUGAGGGAAUCAUUGAAUCACUCACUCAAGCAUUUGUUUAAAGAUCAUUCUUUCAGGAAGUAAACAUUGUUUGCAGCUUAUUGAUUUGGAAAUAUUUAUGUUGGCAGAGCAAAGAACACAAUUUAACUAGCAAUACUGUCUCUAAAAUGUGUUUACCUUUUAUUAAUUUACACAUUAACUGUUCACUGAACUUUUACAAGGAAAAUCUCUAUUGGAAUUGUUCACUGUAUCUCUCCGAGUGUCUGCAUUUAGCAAUAUCAACAUGCAAAGUUGAUUCUGCUCUUGGAACUAUUUUGUUGGCAGAACAAAAGGAAACAAAACAGCCGGGCACAGAGGAUCAAGUCUGGACAAAGACGGCAUUCUAUUUACCCUCAAUUGAAUGUGAGCUCUCGCUGACCUCCAAUAUUUAAAAUGGGGUUGUCAUGGAAACUGCUGGUGCUGCAAUUAUUCAUGGGAUGCCUUUCAGAAGGCAGCGGUCCUCUGAGGCCAGUAUUCACCAAACAGCCGGGAAGUAUUGUAUUCCCUCUCCAUCUUAAUGAGCCCAGUCGGGAGGUCACCUUCAGCUGUGAAGCCCAGGGACAUCCGCCCCCGUCCUACAGGUGGAAAAUGAACGACAGCUUCAUUUCCCCUCAACCUGGCUCUCGAUACAGCAUCUCAGGAGGAAACCUUCGAAUCAGCCAGCUCAAUAAGGAAGAGGAUGCUGGUAUUUACCAAUGUCUGGCCUCCAACUCUUUCGGGACCAUUCUGAGCAGAGAAGCUAGUCUUCACAUUGCUUAUCUGGAGGAGUUUAAAACCCAGAGGAGAAGUCCAGUGAGUGUCAGAGAGGGGCAAGGUGUGGUUCUUCUCUGUGGCCCUCCAGCCCAUAUGGGAGAGUUGACCUUUUCUUGGAUCUUCAACGAAUAUCCCUCAUUCGUGAAGCAAGACACGCGGCGCUUUGUGUCACAGAAAACAGGCAACCUGUACAUCGCUAAAGUGGAGCCCUCAGAUGUGGGAAACUACACCUGUGUCGUGACUAAUACUGUGACUCAAAGCAGAGUGCAGGGGCCUCCUACAUCACUCGUACUCCGCAGUGAUGGCAUUAUGGGAGAAUAUGAACCCAAAAUUGAGGUCCAAUUUCUAGAAGUUUUGGCUGUUGCCAAAGGAUUGACAGUCAAACUGGAGUGCUUCGCUUUGGGAAAUCCAGUACCUACUAUCACCUGGAGAAGACCAGAUGCAGUUCCUUUUCCCAGAAAAGUGGAUGUUGGCAAAUCCAGUGGCGUGCUGGAGAUCCCUUAUUUCCAACAGGAAGAUGCAGGACCAUAUGAAUGCACAGCUGAGAACUCCAGAGGCAAAAACACAGUGAAGGGGCGACUCUCUUUCUACGCACCCCCUCAUCUGGUGGAGAAACCUCAGGAUGUGCAGAAAGCCAUUGAUGAAUCUCUGCUGUGGGAGUGUAAGGCGAGCGCCAAGCCCAAACCAUCCUACAGGUGGCUGAAGAACGGAGAGCCGCUCGAGUCCUUUGAGGACAGAAUCCAGGUGGUAAACGGGGCAUUAUCCAUCAGCAGUCUGACCCUGUCAGAUACUGGGAUGUACCAGUGUAUCGCUGAGAACCGUCACGGCAGAUUGUUUGCCAACUCUGAACUCAAAGUCAUUGCAGUGGCACCAGAUUUCUCCAAUAGUGUGCUAAAGGCACAGACACUGGCUCGGCAGGGUGGAGAUGUUUUGAUUGAGUGCAGGCCCCGCAUGUCUCCGCGCGGGAUGAUCUCCUGGAGGAAGGGCAAAGAGGCCCUGCGAGAGAGCCACAGAGUCUCCGUGCUGGAUAAUGGCAGUCUCCGGAUAUCCAACAUCACCAAACUUGAUGCAGGACUUUACACUUGUGUGGCAAGAAACCAGUUCGGAGUGGCAAGCAGUGCAGGCACACUAGUGGUGAAAGAGCCGACUAUCAUCACUUCUAAAGCCACCCAGCUGGAUGUUACAGUGGGAGAGAGUGUUGUUAUUCCAUGCCAGGUGUCUCGUGACCCUUCCCUGGAUGUGAGAUUCACAUGGUUUUUCAAUGAGCAGCUGAUCAAUUUUGGAAGCCAUGGGGGAUAUUUUGAAAAAGUUGGUGGGACAUCUGCUGGUGACAUUAUGAUUCGUAACAUUCAGCUAAGGCAUGCAGGAAGAUACACAUGUGCCGUACAGACUAAAGUGGACAGUGCGUCUAUAGCGACAGAUGUUGUGGUACGAGGUCCCCCUGACCCACCGCUGAAUAUUAAAGUUGAUGAAGUGACAGAGACAAUGUCCUUUGUGUCCUGGAGUCCAGGCCCUGAUAACCACAGUCCUGUCUUUGCUUACAACAUUCAGAUCCGAAGCCCUUUCUCUCUCGGAUGGCAGGCAGCCAAAACAGUGCCAGAGUCUCUGGGAGGGCAGCAGCUGACAGCCCGUGUGGUGGAGUUGAGUCCAUGGGUUGAAUAUGAGUUCAGAGUGCUGGCCACUAACUCCAUAGGCACCGGGGAACCCAGCAAACCCUCACAAAAAAUCAGAACCAAGGACACAUUGCCAAGGACGACCCCAGCCAGAGUCAGUGGAGGAGGUGGCAGUCGCUCAGAGCUUGUCAUCACUUGGGAGCCAGUCCCAGAAGAGUUGCAGUGUGGUCCAGGGUUCGGCUAUGUGGUUGCUUUUCGCCCUCUUGGUGGUCAAAGCUGGAUGCAGGCAGCCGUGACAUCUCCCGAUGCGUCCCGAUACAUCUUCAAAAACGAGAGCAUCCCUCCAUUCUCUCCAUUUCAUGUGAAAGUGGGAGUUUACAACAACAAAGGAGAAGGUCCUUUUGGACCUGUGACCACUAUAUACUCAGCAGAAGAGGAGCCAAGUCGCGCCCCCAGUCGCGUUCGUGCCAAGAGCCUGUCAGCCUCAGAAGUGGAGGUCAGCUGGAAGCCUUUACCAUGGAGCACCAGUAGGACACGCAUAAUGGGCUAUGAGCUGAGGUACUGGAAUACAGAGGACAGACCGGACACAGCCAGUGUGAUGAGGACUGUGGGAAACAGGACGUCUGCUGCCAUUCGUGGACUGGACCCCAGCAGUACAUACUACAUCAAACUCAAAGCCUAUAACAGUGCUGGUGUUGGACCCGAUAGUGCUGUGGUGAAUGUCACCACUAAGAGACCCCCACCGAGUCAGUCUCCAGUGAAAGUCACGUGGAAUACUACAGACUCUAAACUCAUCCUCAAGUGGGAUCAUGUCAAGUCUCUGGAGAAUGAGUCUGAAGUUAUGGGCUAUAAGGUCAUGUACAAGCAAAGCAGACAGAGUCGGCCCAGCGUGGUGGAGACUAACAGCACAUCUCUUGAGCUCUCCCUGCCUGUGGACGAGGAUUACAUCAUCCAGAUUAAACCAGUCAGCGAAGGUGGAGAAGGGAGCAGCAGCAAACAGAUUACCAUCCCCAGGAUAGCAGUUGCACAUGCGAUUGGAUUUGCCCCAGAGAGGAAAGCACUACCAGUCCUCAUAACACUAUCACUCUACUGUACGGACAGGACUUUCUUAUGACAGAUGAACUGAACUCUACUGCGGAGAGAACAGUACAAACAUCUACAAGUGGAUCCACUUGUCUUUUUCCAGUAUGUUUUACAAAUGAGACUCUUCAGAAGGAACGUUUUCCUCUCGCUUUUUAAAAGAGGACGUUUGCUAAUCUGGUUUUGAUCACUGACACCAAAGUUGUCGAGACAGUGGAGAAGGAGCUGUUGCAUUUUUUGGGAUAAACGUAUCGACAGAUGUUACCUUAGUGGUUUCCAACCAGGAACUGGAUAUUCAAGGGCAUAAGAUUACAUAAAGUUCACGCUUAAGGAUUCACUUACAAGGACAUCUGUUUGGAUAAGAUGAAUCCAUAUUCAUCCAUUAGACGUUGGCAGUGGAGAACCACACAAAUGCCUUUUCCAUAGGAAGCUUAGGAAUACUUAAUGAACUCCUUUGAAGAGAUCCCUACUGCCAUACCUCACAGACACUUUCAUUGUAAGACCAUCGACCCAUUUAAUCAGCUGUCCUCAAAUCAGACAGAGUUUACAGUCCCCGGUGUUGACAUGCCCCCCCCACACCCCCCACCCCCGUCUGUUUGAAAGAUGAAACUAAUGCUGCUGGCCUUACUUAUACAGUAAAAGAGCUCUCUGGCUGUCUCGAGCUGGUUGUUCCUUCAGUCAUGCACUGAGAUCUUUGUUUUGCUAGUGUGUGUGUGCCUCUUUAAUGGGAAACAGUAUGUAAAAUAUUCUCAGGACCAGAACAGCCUUAAAUAGUUGUCUUGUUUUCUUUUCUGAUUUAGUUUGUUCAUUUACAAUUCCAUUAUUUGAUUAUGUAUAACAGAUAUUUUGAUUGUAAAAGACCAGCGUUUCAUUUUCCGUUAAGGUGCUUUCUAUAGGUGAUAGCUGUGAUCAUUAAAUACAUAGGACAUAAUGCUUAUGUUACAUUUUCAAGCUGUUUAGCAUGAACUGGCUCUGUAGUGGCUUGAGAUACAGUAUUUGAAUGGACUGUCUGCUUUUAAUAAAUGAAGGAACACAAGUAAUG